AGGGAUUUCGGACGACGCGCCGCGACGCUCCGAUUCGCCGCCGCGCCGAAUUUCUCGCGGGAGAAUUUCCCCGAUCGCUAGCGCCGGUCGCUUGGUCGGAUUGGAUUCUUUUUUUUCCAUCUCGUGGUUCCUCCGAAUAUUUAUUAUCAAAUCUUGGUCGGUAAAGAGAAAACAUAGAAAGUAAAACCUUGUAAGUGGGUUCUAGAUCGUGUGGAGAAUGAGGGAACGUUUUUCGGAGCAGAAGUGAAGGUGGUUCACGUAAAGGAUCCGAGUCAUGACCCAUGGGAGUUAUCAUCGACGUCCUCGAGACUUAUCGGAGAGUGGAGCACAUUGAAUAAUUGCUAAUUAAGAUAAGAAGGUAUCGGGAAGAUCUCAAGAUCCGUUUGGUGGAAUUUGUGGGUUUUGUUUGAAGAUGACGUCGCUUUCCCUGAUCAUCGGGUCGGGAUCGUCGAACGCGAUGUGACGGUUCCGAAUUUCUCCGGUUAUUGGUAGGCCUGGGAUCUUGAUAUGGACGUGGCGAUGUCGCAGUCAUCUCUUAUCACCAGCUAGGCAGUGAAUCUAUAUGAUAGUGCCCAGGAUCUUCUCUCGUGGCAGGACAAGCAUCGAUGUCAAGAGAUAGAAGAGCGAGAUUUGCGGAGUGAAGGGACCUGUGAAAGUGAUUCGCGAACCCUGGUCCCAUUUCCUCGGGAAAUGAUGACCCUGAUGACGGACGUCGGACCUUACCCUUACGAGCCGGUGAGCAGGUCGUCCUACGAGGGCUACCAUCACCAUCACCAUCACCACCACCAUCGGCACUACUAUGGCGCAGAGACGGACUACUUGCAGAGAUACGUGUCGGACAGGGACCGAGACGAGCAGACGAGGACAGCAAGUGUCGACAGCAAUCUGACCUCUUCUGGAAGCCUCAACUCCGCACACUAUCAGCACGACCGUUUAAGGCCACAACGUCGGUACAUCCCGGAUUCCGACGAUGCGUCGUCGGUGGUCUCGGCGGAUGCAUCCGCGGAUCUGGAAUCGCCAUCCGCGGAUGGAGACGAGACGAACGAGAGCGAGUCGGUCGAGCAGGUGGAACAGGUGGAACAGGUGGAGCACGUACCUCACCCCCAUGUCCUGGACGCCGCGGCGCCCCAUGGACCAAGGCGGUGCCUCCUCUGGGCUUGCAAGGCCUGCAAGAAGAAGACCGUCACGGUCGACCGGAGGAAGGCCGCCACCCUCAGAGAAAGAAGACGUCUCAGGAAGGUGAACGAGGCUUUCGAGGUGCUGAAGAGAAGGACGAGCAACAAUCCCAAUCAGCGCCUUCCGAAAGUCGAGAUCCUGCGGAACGCAAUCGAGUAUAUAGAGAGCCUGGAGGCUCUUCUUCAGGGUAGCAGGACCCCCAGGCCUCAGGAUCACGUAGCUGCCGACAACAUGAACGGAGAUUCGCCGCAAUAUGUCACCGACAGGCUUCGUCAAUUCUCGGAUCCUCUGGCGAGGUUUCAGCCCAUCAACGGAUUCGACCAGACGGAAACUACGGCCGCGCAAAACGCGGGAAGCAGUCUGGAUUGUUUGAGCAUGAUCGUCCAGAGCAUCAGCGGCCCUCCACCCUCACCGAAUCAAGUUCACUACCCGACCAGUCAUUAAUGUCACCGAUUAAUCACCUCAGGAUUUAAGGAACGGCCUCGUGGUUCGGAGGAAAAAAAAAUGCCAUCCGCGAAGAGAUUCGAGAACGCGCGUCGAAAAUUCCGAAAAAACGAGGACAUUUUCGCGAGUCGCCUUCAACCGAAAUUUCCGCACCGGAUGCUUUUCGAACGUCGACCAAUGGACGCGACUUCGCAACAAUGCAAAGUUUCUCAUGCGAAUCUAUUCGUCUGCGAAAAAAAAAAAAAAUUCCUAUGAAUUCGAGAAUCGACCCCGACGCAUUUUCUUAAUUUCGUCAAUAUUUUCUUUUUGCGAGAGGAUGCCCGAAAAAAUUCAUCUUUAACUAGCUUGUACGGAGUAUUCAAGAUGGCACCUAGUUAGCGACUUGGCCAUAGAUUUAGAGAGCCUGGGCGAAAUGGACGCGCCUUCGUUUUCGCAUUCGGCUUAUGAACCAAAACGCUACCGGACGGAUUGGUGUUUAGGGAGACAUCGCGGCUUAGAAUAGGUAAUGCACACGUGGCAAUGUGAUGUACAGUGCCGCGGUGUAAUUUGCAAUUCGAUGUGCCCGGACCGAGUAGAAUUCUGCCGAUUGGUCGUACCUCGGCUGUGUCGCGACCAACUUGAGCAUUAUUUAAGAGCGACAAGUCCGCAUCGUUUUCGCCGCUGCAUCACUGUAUCAUAUUUCGCUCGACCGACUUGUAUGUACAUAUAUGGAAUGAUAUGACAAUAAAAAGAAAUUUAAUAUCUUAAGCCUCUCUCCACAUAUUAUUCCCUAGCACCUAACCC